UGGGCUGAGUUAGCUAGCUUCGGAACCUCUACUACUGACUAUAACGUUAGCUAGCUAGCUUAUUGGAACCACUACUACUUUUAACCUACACCGUUAAUUGAACCUAACGUUACAAUCUGUAACCAACGUUAUCUGGGAAUAUAACAUUAUUCAACGUUACUCCUCAUCCCUAACUUUAGUCCCCAAUCAACAUGAGUGAUCCUUGGCAAGAGUGUAUGGAUCACUGUGUGGAGGUCACCAAAAAGGCUGGGAGGAUGAUCCGCGAGGCGCUCCAGAAAGACAUCACCGUCAUGCACAAGAGCUCACCAGUUGACCUGGUGACUGAGACGGACCAGAAAGUGGAACGGCUCAUUAUAUCCUCCAUCAAGGAAAAGUACCCCACUCAUAGCUUCAUAGGCGAGGAGUCCGUAGCAGCAGGCGCUCCUAGUGUUCUAACUGACAGUCCCACGUGGAUCAUCGACCCUAUUGAUGGUACCACCAACUUUGUUCACAGGUUCCCAUUUGUGUCUGUAUCAAUUGGCUUCACUGUGAAGAAAGAGAUAGAGUUUGGGAUUGUCUACAGCUGCAUCGAGGACAAAAUGUACACAGCACGGAAAGGGAAAGGGGCAUUCUGCAACGGAGACCCGAUUAAAGUGUCAGGACAAGAAGAUAUAAGCCAAUCUCUGGUACUGACAGAAAUGGGCUUCAGGAAGAAUCCUGAGCAUUUCAAAACAAUGUUGGCCAACCUCAAGACCAUCCUCACCAUCCCGGUGCAUGGUAUCCGCUCCCCGGGCAGUGCAGCUGUCAACAUGUGUUUGGUAGCGUGCGGAUCGGCUGAUGCGUACUACCACAUGGGCAUCCACUGCUGGGACAUGGCUGCAGGGGCGGCGGUUGUUACUGAAGCUGGAGGAGUUAUCAUGGACAUUUCAGGUGCACCGUUUGAUCUGAUGUCCCGGAGGCUGAUCAUCGCCAGCAGCAGAGCAAUAGCAGAACGCAUCGCUAAGGAGAUAACAGAGUUUCACGUCGGGAGGGACGACACAGAUGGCGAGUAAAUUUCCAUAAUUUCCUCUACCAACUUUCAGUUAUUAAAUCACCUGACUGACUGCAUUUACUGUAACAAGUCACAAUGAUGAUGCUGAUGAUGAUGAUAUAAGAACCAAACCGAUAAACUCACCUCUGAAGAACUAUACUCUGAAGUUUGUUAGUCAGCCCUUAAGACUUUCAGCCUUCUUUCUGCUUUCUUUAAACGUCAUUGUUGUGAUUCUGUACUUUUAUAGAUUCAGACUUUUUAUUCUGCUGUAACUCGAUGAUAUUGCUUGUGAUGAGGGUAUUAUGCCAUGCGUGUCUGACUUUACACCUGUUUUUAGCCAUUAUUUAUUCUUUAUAUUAGGACUGGGUGUAAUGUCCAAAAUCUUCAAUCACGAUCAUUUGAUAUCUUGAUAACGAUAUAUAUCACGAGCAUGUUUUCUGGUAAUUCAAUAAAUAAAUAAAUAGUCCAUAUGAAAUGACCGCAUGGUAAAGCCUAUUUUUGUAUACUCCCGUGUGAAUUAUAUACUUCCAAGUAUUUUCCCAUUUUAUUAGGAACUUCAGUGCAAAAUGAACAUAAUCUGCAAGGAUCCAAGCGUAAAGCGCUGUCCAAAUGACGUAAAUAUUGCCGUUACGCCGUCCAGCCGCUGUUUUUUAUUUUUUUAUUUUAUUUUUCGACCUAUAGAAAAAUACAUACGAUGGAUCACGAUACACAUCGUCAUAUCCCCCAGGACUUAAACUAGGUCUCCACGCUAAUGUUGGUGAAAGUGUUGACAUAUGAAAGCAUCAAACAUGAAUUUAAGAUGCACAAAAGGAAGAAAGUCCCAAAAAAAAUCCUGUCCAGGCAUUUUUAAUAAAGCCUUUUAAUAAAUAGGGCAAGACGUUAAAAAUACCCCCAACGCGUGUCAGCUUGAGCCUUCCUCAGGGUGUAGUAUGUGUAUGAAUUUUAGAUAAUUGAGAUGCGAGUACAUCCAGUUGUUCCUUGCACCCGUUUGCUCAGCCCCAUUAAGUUGUGUACGGGAUGCAGGAGUUUUCUACCUGGACGUUAUUGUAAACAAACAUUGUGAUUGGGUCUAUUGGGUAAUUUUAGGAGCCGAUAUGUUCAGGUUUUGACCAAUAGUAUUUAUUUUCCAUGUAUGGUUUUAUCUUUGGUUAUUGUAUUUAGUUAUAUUUAUUUAAUAUUUCAUGUGUUGUUUACACAGUAAGUAAAUGAAUGUCAGGGCCAUCACUAUUUUGCACUAUAGUCAAUUGAGGAAUAUGUACACCAAAUAUUGUGUACAUAUAAUUACUGUACUGUUUAAUGUUAGUUUGUUUAUUUGUUUGUGUGUGUGUUUUUCUUUUUUUUUUUUUUUUUAAUCAAGUCCAGAUUUAAAAUACCCUGAUCUUCUUGAAAACAUGUUAAGUGUUUUUAAUAUUAAGUAUGUUUUGGAUGUAAUAAAGA